CGAAAGAGCACGAGGUAAACAGAGACUCUUUUAGGACCCGGAAGUUAUUCCAACGCAUACCGGAAGUCGGCUGCCCCUCCCCUCUCUUGCCUUUUUCUUCCGCCAUCUUGCACCCGGAUCGUCUCGUACGAAAUGCCUGGAGAAGCCACAGAAACUGUCCCAGCAACAGAACAGGAGCUGCCCCAGCCUCAAGCUGAGACAGGUCUUGCCUUUCCUACAUGCGGACUUCAACAAGCUCCAGCUCCUGGGGCCCCCAUGGAAACGAUGAGCAAGCCAGUUGCUGCCAAGAAUCCUGAGGUAGGAGGCAAGGAUUCUCAGGCUGGGACUGCUUUAGAGUGUUCAGCAUCUGCCAUUCCUGCUUCUUUUCCUGGUGCUGCUGAAGCACCUCCAGUCUGUUCUCAGCCUCCCAUUCUAGCAUCAGCAGCUGUUUCCACCUCUUCUACUUAUAGCCCCCUCCACCCUUCCUCUUCAUGCCGUGAUGCUAACUCUCCCCUUGCUAGCCUCUGUCCCUUUACUAUUCCACCAGAACUGGUUACCUCUGUCUCUACGGUACAAGCCACUCCUGAUGCUGCCUUGUCUUCUGCUGACUCAGUUAUGUUAUCUCAGACCCUUUCUCCCGUGAAACCACCAGUUAUGGCUGGUAUUGCACCUGUUGGUAUACCCCUACCUUUAGGGCCUGUAACUUCUCCCCCAGCCUCAGGAAUUUCCUCUGAAUCCCUUACUUCUGCUCCAUCAACAUCUCCUAUAAGCCCAGCAGGGACAACUUCUGCAGCCUCAGUUUCUCCAGUUCCAUCAUCUCCUGGCCCAGUUCCUUUCAUUCUCCCAAUUGCUCCUGUGUCUCCUCCUAUGACUACAGCUCCCAUUCCCGCUGAAGUUCCAGCUCCUACUGUGGCUUCACCCUCUAGUCCAACUCCUUUCCCUCCAAAUUCUGCAGGUGCUCCUGCCUUAUCACCAACACUUCCUAUCCUUAACACUGCAACCCCUACUCUUGAUCCAGUGGCUCACAUUUCAUCCUUUCUUCCCCCUCGCCAGUCUUCCAUACCCAUCAGCUCUGUUCCAUCUCUUCCUGAUUCUAUGACCGUUCCCAGUCCCAUCAUUUCUCCAAUGCCUGUAUCAAUUCCGGGAUGUCCUGCAGGGUCACCUACAGAAUCUGCAUCUCAUCCUGUGACUCCUUUGGCUCCUAUUUCCAGUUCUGAGAUCCCGGCUUCCUUUCCUAAAGUUUCUGGGGCUGAUCCUUUAUCUCCAGCAAAGCUUUCUCCCGCAAUACCACCUGCAAAGUCUACUUCUGGUCCUGAAUCCAGUAUCAUGUCCCCAGCAAAGCCUGCUCCUACACCAUUGUUAACUGAAGGUCCUCAUGGCAAACUUGUUUCUGGUUCUCUACCACCUGUGAAAUUGGCAUCUGGUCCUGCAGCCCCAGAAGUAUGCCCUGUGUCUGGUCCACUAUCUGUUUCUUCCCAGCUACAAACUCCUAUUUUGGCACCUGUUCCCGACUCUGUAACUACUUCUCUAGACAAAGCAAUGUUGGCUUCUAAACAGAUGGCUCCUGCCAAGUCCCCUGUGAAACCUCCUUCUCCCUCAGAACAUCCUGCUGAUGCUAUAAUCACAGCAGGUCCAAUAAUGAAGCCUGCUUCUGGGUCUGUAGCCCCUUCUGUAACACCAAUAGGCCCUUCCAGUCCUAUGCCACUUUCUUCACAGCCAGAGAGUCCCACUUCAGUUCCUAUUUCUGGCUCUACUUCACUGGGCACGUCAGUGUCUAAGCCUAAAGAACUGAGUACGGUACUUCCUUCUGUAAAAUCGGCUUCCUCUUCAGAAAUUUCUUCAGAUCCUGUGUCCUCAUCAGGCUCUGUACUUACACCUCCGCUUCCUCCAUCACCCCCAAUGAAAUCUCCUCCUUCGGUGCCUAUUCCUGAGCCCAUUUUCCCUUCUGCUACAGCAUCAGGACUAAUCUCUGCUCCAGGACUACCCAAAGGGCAACCUGUGAAAACUGUAUCUAGUCCUGUGACUCCUACAGGACCCCCUGUGGAAGCUGCUCCCCUUUCAGCCCCUGUUUCUAGUCCAGUAAUGCCUCCCAUAGGCCCUUCGCCACCUGCUUCCAAGAUGGUUCCAUCUGUUUUGGAACCAGCUCCUGCCCCUUCAGUAUCUGCUUCUGUAACUCCAGGGAUACCUGUUUCUCAGCCUGCAGCUGUUUCUGGCCCUGUGGCUGCAGUAGAGCCUGCUCUUGUCUCACCAGCAUCUGCUAUGAAGCCAUUUUCAACUUCUGAACUUGCUUCUAGCUCUUUGUCUAUGGCAGAGUAUGUUUCUAGUCCUGCAACACCUACUGCCCAUAUUCCCGCACCUAUUUCUGGAUCCACAGCCCUUCCUGUGGCCUCUGAAGGGGUUACUCCUAGCUCAUUGGCACCUGCCUCCCAUCCAGCAGCAGCUUCUGAGGUACCUCCUCCUGAACUUCAGGCAUCACCUAUAGUUGUAGCAGAGACUGCUUCAGCUUCAGUGACACCAGCUGCACCUGCCCCGAUAAUUUCUCCUGUGGGCCCAACAAUGGCAGUUUCUCACACAGCACCCUCUGUGGUGCCUGCACCAGUGACCGUUCCUGGAACCCCUGCUACCUUUCCUAAACCUCUUUCCUCUCCUGACCUUGUAGCCUCUGUCAUCCCUCCUCCUGGCAUUGCGCCGCUGUCUUCUGCAGUGACUCCUCCCACUUCCCCUGCAGCAGCAUUUUCUAUUCCAGUAACCCUUAGUCCUGUCUCUAGCCCCAAAUUGCCCCCUGUCUCUGCCUUAGACAUGAGCCAGGUUUCCAUUUCAACUGGGGAGGCGAUGCCUUCCCAGAAAAUGGCACCUUUGCCUCUUGCACCUGCUGAUCUUUCUGUUUCUACUCCUCCUCUUGCAAGCAGUCUCACUCAGUUGGCUUCUCCUGCACCCUCUCCUUCUACCCCUGUGAAAAAGCUAGAGCCUUCCUCUGUGCUUCCCAAGCCAUCCCCUGUUGCACCUGCACCUGGUUUAGCACCUGAAGUUACCCCCAGCCCUAUCUCUACUACCUUUGAAGACGACGAGCUGCCACCCUUGAUCCCUCCAGAGGUACAUGUUGAGGAGUCACCUCUGCAGCCAGUCCUGGUGGACUUCUCUCCUAAGACAGCUGUGCCCCUUGCUGAGGUUCCAGCAACUGCUCCUUUACCACCUCCUCCUCUUCCUGUCAAACAGCCUUUCCUGAAGAAUGACAAGGGUUCUGGAACAGAAUCCGACAGCGAUGAAUCAGUGCCAGAACUUGAAGAACAGGACUCCACGCAGGCCACCACACAGCAGGCGCAGCUUGCAGCAGCAGCUGAAAUAGAUGAAGAACCAGUUAGCAAAGCGAAACAGAGCCGGAGUGAAAAGAAAGCACGGAAGGCAAUGUCCAAGCUUGGCCUUCGUCAGGUCACAGGUGUAACCAGAGUUACCAUCAGGAAAUCCAAGAACAUCCUUUUUGUCAUCACCAAGCCAGAUGUAUAUAAAAGUCCUGCGUCGGAUACCUAUAUAGUUUUUGGAGAAGCAAAGAUUGAAGAUCUCUCUCAGCAAGCACAGCUGGCUGCUGCUGAGAAAUUUAAAGUGCAAGGAGAAGCUAUUUCAAACAUUCAGGAAAACACACAGACUCCUACUGUACAAGAAGAAAGUGAGGAGGAGGAGGUUGAUGAGACUGGUGUUGAGGUGAAAGACAUUGAAUUAGUUAUGUCCCAAGCAAAUGUUUCCCGGGCAAAAGCAGUUCGUGCCCUAAAGAAUAACAGUAAUGAUAUCGUAAAUGCAAUUAUGGAAUUGACGAUGUAGCCAUCCAGAAAGGACUUUUUGGUGUUAUAUUACAGCUGAAUUGAAAAUUUGUACUAUUUCUAUCAGUUAAAUAAAAGUAGUGGUUUAAAAAGAUUUUACACCUAUUUGCUUUCCACAACAAGUUAGAAUCCUCAAAUUGGGGAAAAAAAUAGUGGCUAAUGAUCCUGGUUUGAAUUCCUUAUUUGCUGGAAAGUUUCUACUGAUUCUUUGAAAUUUUGCUAGAGUGCCAAAGAAAUGGCUUGAUGUGAAUCAUUUUUUAAUACUGGUAGAUGAAGCUGCAAUCAUAGAAACAGUGGUUGUGAAUCACAAUUUUCCUGUUAAUGAUCUCACUAAAAAUAUACUUGAUAGAGAAAUGUUGUCUCUGUUUCAGCAAUCCCUGAAAAGAUUUUGCUACAGUUUCUGUGGUUACAAUAGGUCUUACUAUAAUGCUGAUUCAUAAUUUGAACUCCUUCCGUUCUUUAUCUUUAUUGAUUAAUACAUAUAUGAAGUAUUGUACCUAGAAGGCAAACCAAACAAUACUGUAGCUGUCAUUAUAGCUUCUUAUUAGAAAUUCAGCAGUAGCAUUACUGUGUGUGAAUACUACUUAACUUUGUUUAUGCAGGACCAAUUUGUGAAAGAGAACCAAAGGAAAAAAAUCCUGCAGAAAAGUAGGUGAAAGACAUGCUCUUGAACAGUCAGAUUGCAUCCUUGCAACAUUGAUACUGAUUUACAAAUAACUGAAAUUUAAGCAGUGAAUAUAUUCAGUGAAUAUGAUAGAAUGAUAGCUUGUCUUUUCCAUGCUAAGGAAGCAGUAAGUUACAGCUUUGCUUGUUUUCCUAUCUUGAAUAUUUCUUUAUCAUACAUUGGUUUGAGUGGUCAUGCAGAGUAUUAAAUUUCAGUGGGAAAACAGAUUUUGUCCCUUCUAUAAAUAAAUUUGCAUAAUUUUAUGAUUUUUACAUUUGUUUUGUUAGGAGUAAAGUAUGUGCCAUUUUUCUACCCCCUGGAAAAUUACUUAAUUAACUGCACAUUUUUCAGAUACAUUAAAAAUGUGGCUUUAAAAAAUAAGGAAAAAAAUAGAAAAAAGUCUUCAAUAUAAGCAGACAUAUUAAAGUAUGACAUUUUGGUGCUCUUAAUAAUCAUGCAUAUGAUGGUUUUCUGAUAUUUGGGGUUUUAUUCAGCUACCUUAUAAACAUUUGUCGAUCCAUUUUAUAUAGAAAUACUAUAAAUCAUGGGUGUCAAACUCGA